AUGGACAAUUUUCCACCAGAAGUGCAGCACAUUUUGGCACCCGCCUUCGGCAUUCUUUCGGCCACGCAACUUACUCAGAUGGCUGAUCGGCUUAUGGAGAUGCACGGUUUUUCCAAGCCGUCUAUUUCAGCACUCUCAACUCCCUCAACUCCUCCUGCGUCUCCCAUUUCGCAGUUAGAGAUCGAGCUCAACAAGCUGGCCGAUGAUAUAGCCGCUCUCCAGAAGCCCACAGUUUCUGCCUCAUCCCGGAGCCAAACGCCGCCGUCCACCCCGCAUGUCCAGUCUUCUCAUUCAGCCCGUCCAAACGCAGCUGCCACCUGCUGGUACCACACUACUUUCGGUGCCAAAGCCCGUUGCUGCGUCUCUCCCUGCUCCUUCACCUCCAAGCAGAGCAAACGGGGAAAACCUGAAAGGCUUCUUUGA